ACAAACCCAGGUUCCCCUCACCCACCACCCCGCCGCGAUGAUGUCCCAGUCUCUCAGAGCGUCGCGCUCUCUCUUCACCCGCGCCACUCGGCAACAGGCUUUCGUCGCUCGCCGCGGCUUCCUGACCUCCGCUGUCCGCCAGGCCGACCCUGUUCAGGACCUCUACCUUCGUGAACUCCGUGCCUACAAGCCUACCCCCGUCAAGCCCGGCGACGCCGAAGCCCACGUCCAGAAGUUCACCGCCCCCAAGGCUCCCGCUUCCCCCGAGGAGGCCAACCUCGCUAAUGAAUUGAAGAGCUACGAGACCCAGGAGGUCGAGGUUGAGGGCCAGGCUGCCAGCGGCGAGGCCGCCCCUGUCGAGGAGAGCUGGUUCGUUGAGGAGGAAGAGGAGGCUGGUGCUGCUCACUAGAUGUCUUUUUUUAAUCAAGACACAAGGUAUGGGAAAUUCGGGACUGAAAUGGGCAAUGGGAUGGAACCCGAAUUGAUUGGGCCUUCCUGUUGAGUCCUGAAGACACUUUGUAAAUUAACCUACCUGGAACAUUGGUAUCUUUCACAUUUUCAUCCGUGCGUUCUUUUUUUAUACUCUGGUUCUACGGGGUAUUGCGUAGAUUAUGGCUUGUAUUUCUGUAGAUGCGUCGAAUGCACAGCCCUGCUGUUUCAUGGAGCUGGCCAGCUUUGAUAUCCACGAGGUUGAUAUCUCCGAUCAGGCCAACAACACCCGAUGGUAUACUAAAUAUAACGAACAGGUUGGAAGGGAGCAGCAAGGCUGAAUGGGCAGGACAACAAAUCAAAGCGAGGAAGAAGAGUUA